AUGCGUGUACUAUUAUCUCUUCUAUUUAUCCAAGCAGUAUUUUGUCAAACACUUAUACCCUACAUGAUUAACCCUUUCAAUUUGAACAACUUCCAAAAUCCACUGAUGGCUUACACAACAACUACAGAAAGCCCCCCUACUUUCUACAACAACUAUCUACAAAAAGGAUAUAAAAUGGAUGAACGGGGUACACUAUGGAGAGAGUACAACCCGAACUUUCAUUACUAUAUCUUCAAUAAAAGCACAUAUCCAUAA